GCGCAAAAAACAAAUCGGCCGAGGCGAGCCAACUUAUUCGAACCAAACCAACGAGCGCCGAGAAAACAGGAGGAAGGAGAUAAAGCCGAUGGCAACAGCGGCGCCGGUCAGCUGCCGGUGGACGCGCGUCCUCACGCUCGGCCGCGGCGCGUCGGGCGCGGUGGUGUCGCUCGCGGCCGACGCCGCCUCGGGCGCGCUCUUCGCGGUCAAGUCCGCCCCCGCGGGGACGCGGGCCGCGGAGAGCCUGCGGCGCGAGGGGAGCAUCCUGUCCGCGCUCCGGUCCCCGCACGUGGUCCCCUGCCUGGGCCUCCGCGCCGCGGCGGACGGCGGGUGCGAGCUGCUCCUCGAGUUCGCGCCGGGCGGCUCGCUGGCGGACGUGGCGGCGAGGAGGAGCGGGCGCGACGAGCGCGCGGUCGCCGCGUACGCCGCGGACGUGGCGCGGGGCCUGGCGUACCUCCACGGGCGCUCGGUCGUGCACGGCGACGUCAAGGCGCGGAACGUCGUGGUGGGCGCCGACGGCCGCGCCAUGCUCGCCGACUUCGGCUGCGCCAGGGCCGCGGCGGGCGGCGCCGACCCCGGGCGCCCCGUCGGCGGCACGCCGGCGUUCAUGGCGCCCGAGGUGCUGCGCGGCGAGGGGCAGGGCCCCGCCGCCGACGUCUGGGCGCUGGGCUGCACCGUCGUCGAGAUGGCCACGGGCCGCGCGCCGUGGAGCGACCUGGACGGCCUCCCCGCGGCCGUGCUCCGGGUCGGGUACACCGACGCCGUGCCCGAGGCGCCCCGCUGGAUGUCGCCGGAGGCCAAGGACUUCUUGGCCCGGUGCUUCGCGAGGGACCCGCGCGAGCGGUGCACCGCGGCGCAGCUGUUGGAGCACCCGUUCCUGGCGUCGGCUGGCUGCGGCGCCAUGGCGGAGUGGGUGUCUCCCAAAAGCACGCUGGACGCCGCGCUCUGGGAAUCCGACGCCGACGAUGGCUCCGAUGACGAGGGGGACGUGUCAGAGAGCCCCGCCCAGAGAAUCAAGGCGUUGGCCUGCCCCUGCUGCUCGGCCUUGCCGGACUGGGAUUCCGAAGAAGGCGACUGGAUUGAGGUGCUCGGUGAGCAAUGUGAGGCCAACGGUUUGGUACCACCGACCAAAGAGGUGGCCAAGGAGACGGCCAGCGAAGACGAGUGCCAGCUCCUGAUCCUGAGUGGGGUGUUGGAAACAGAGGUUGACUUCGUCGACGCCGAUGCAGAGGGUGAUCAUCGUGCUAGGUGUUCUGUAGAUGUAGGAUUAGCUACUGUUCCGUCAGUUGAGCAGCUGCAGGAAGAGCAGCCAACUGUUUUUCUUACGGAGGCUUGUCAUAACAAUACUGAAAUGUCGAAGUCAUUUUUACUGCAAAAUCGUCCCUUCGUUGCUGUGUCUUCUGUUCUCCUACUAUUCGUUCUACUAUUCGUCCACAAAAGAAAAUCUAGAACUGCCAAACUGGUGCGAUGCGACAAUUCCAGAAACGUUGUUCUAGUUCUAGACCGAGGCGGCGACGGCGAGGCGUGAGCUGGGGA